GUCCCACAUUAACAAUUGAGUACGUUGGAUAUGUUCUCAAGCAAUCCAGCCUGGUCGGGAAUUGAUGGAGAUAGGGAUGCCAUGGGCUGAGGUGGUCAGGCUGCACAUGAUCUGCGGCUUUGUCUGUGUGCCUCGAUAGGGCCGGGGAUUACCUCGGCCCGGUCAUUUGCAGGGUUGUUGUUGUGGUAGAAGUCAAUUCACUCCGUUUCUUCUUACCUUCUGUUCCGUCUCGUCCAACACCACCUUGAAGCAUCCUUUGUCCCCUCGAGUUUCAGAGAUCGCGAGAUGAACGACAGUAUCGAAAUCGAGUAUUAUGAGGACAGCCCCCAAGAGCGCAUCGAGGAACUUGAAUCCCAAUUGCGGCUCCUGACAGAGAAACUCGCAUUCGCAGUCGAUAAGGCAAAUGACCUCGAACAACAGCUUCGUCGCUCGCAGCCUCGACCACCAAGUCCCACACCCUCCACGGCUUCCAGCACCACCAACACCACACCGCCCGCGAAAGGCCGUUUUGGGAUAUGGACGAGGAGACCAAGUUCACCGAGAGCGGACGUAGAGCUCGUUAGGCUCCCGCAGGUCAAUAUCGUGCCGCCUACACCUGAACGAAACCAAAACGGAUCACGAGCGCCGAGUAGGGAGAAGGGACUCCCCCGUGUUCCGGAUCUUCUACACGAAUUGGAUGAAGAGAGGAGAAUGAGGUGUGUUGCCGAAACAGCUCUGGCGCAACUACAAGGCGAAGUUGAAGAACUCUCAGCAUCCCUCUUUUCCGAAGCCAACAACCUCGUCUCAUCCUCGAAUCAACAACUGCAUCAUACACAAUCCGUUCUACAGUCCACGACACAGCAACUUACCACCACAUCCGCCACGCUUACGGCGACUCAGGCAGAACUUUUGGCUACGGGAAUUGAUCUGGCACGGGAACGGGAGAAGUCGAAGAGGUUAGAGGAGAGGUUCGGGGAUAUGGAGAAGAGGGACGUUGAGAGGAGGGAGAGGAUUGAAGCGUUGGAGAAGGCAGUAGAGAGGGUUGGGCGGGUGCGUGGGUUGGUUAGAGCGAACUUUUCUGCAUGAAUGGAGAAGAAUGAUGGGGAGAGUGACACGGGUACGGCAUUGGAAAGUAGUUUUGGCGCUUUUGGGCUCGUUUUUGAUCCACUUAUCGAUAAUAAUAUCUAAUGCGUAUUGUCAACAGGAG